AUGCCGUCUCCGCCCUUAACGGCUGAAAAGGAGGAGCGCCAGAAGCGGAAGCGUUGCUCAAAUAAAGUUUCAGCUCGAAAGUCUAAGAGACAAGAUUCCUCUAGAGACAGCAAAGCCAAUACAGCAACGGGAGGAGGUACUGGCCGUUCAAACAGACCUUGCAGUAUUCAUGGCCGCCAUGGUAGUGAGCGCUCAGACCAACAGGGCAAAAGCCAUAGCCAACAUACAAAAGAAAGGAAUCGCAUUACGUCCAGCAAAUUCCGAACUAAGAAGCGAGAAGAUACGCUAAGAGUCCAGUCAGAGGAGCAAGAGCUGGAACGAACCAAUCACGACCUGUCCAUCUGCGUAGCCAACCUGACUCGUGAGGUCCAGGAGCUCAAGAUGAAGCUUUUACAACAUACCGGUUGCGACUGCUCGCUCACCCAUGAGUACCUCGCCGCAGAGGCCCAGCGCUACGUUUGUGGACCCAGUAAGCAAUCGCAGCUCGAGGCUAUUUCCCCUGGCGCAGCAAGCAAUUAA